AAAAACUGCGCGAGUCAUGCCAGUCAUUUCCCAUUCAAACGCUAAUUUAAAGUACUUACGUUAAGUAGAUUGUUAUCAGUGAAGUUUGCUCCUUACUUGUACUCACUAUCCCCUGAAGUGUACAAUAGAUAAGAUAACUAAACUGGAAUCUGUUUCAGAUAGAAAAUUACCAUUAUUACGCGAGCUUCUGUACUAACGUGCGCCGAGUGCAACUAUUUGAAGUAUGGCAAAAACACUUACAAGGGCGGAAAUUAAAAACAAAAAGGAUGGUUCGUGGAUUAUUAUACACAAUAGCGUUUACGAUGUCACGGAAUUUUUAAAUGAACACCCCGGCGGAGAGGAGGUUUUGAUCGACCAAGCGGGCGGCGAGGCGACCGAGAAUUUUGAAGAUGUUGGCCAUUCGACGGACGCGAGGGAGUUAAUGAAGAAGUACAAAAUUGGGGAAUUAGUCGCAUCGGAGCACACACACAUCGAUCAAAAGGGUGAAGAUUGGCUGUCGAACACUUCUGAUAAGGACACAUCAGCAAGUUCGCAAAAAAUGUUAAUUAUUCCUAUUAUUAUAGCAUUAUUAGCGAUCUUCUUGUAUUAUUACUACUUUUAGAUUAGGAAAUUUAACUUUAUUCAAUCCGUAUUAUUACUUAAACGCGAAUCUAGCUCUAUUAUAGCAAUUAUUGUAAAUUGACUAACACACUCUCAACAAUUGAAAUAGAUAAGGUUCGCCAAUCA